UCCAACACGCGGCUGUUACAAUAAUUGUCCCAAUCAAAAUUAUGGACAAUUACGCGAAACUGAAGAGAUAAACAGUGAAGGACGAAUACUUACAAUGAGCAUGAUUGAUGAAACAGCUCUUUCAAAAACAGCAAUAUCAAAUAAGAAGAAAAGAACUAUAAUAUAUAUGUGGAUAAUGGGCUUGAUGCUUGCUAUAUGCUGGAUUGUUUUUGGAGUGGUUGCUUAUGAGAAGGCUGGGGUACACGCCAAUGCUAGUGAGUAA